AUGACUCCUGACCUCGGCACUGACCCUAGCGGCACUGACCCCGGCGACACUGACCCCGGCGACACUGACCCCGGCGGCACUGACCCUAGCGGCACUGACCCUAGCGGCACUGACCCUAGCGGCACUGACCCUAGCGGCACUGACCCCGGCGACACUGACCCUAGCGGCACUGACCCUAGCGGCACUGACCCUAGCGGCACUGACCCUAGCGGCACUGACCCUAGCGGCACUGACCCUAGCGGCACUGACCCUAGCGGCACUGACCCCGGCGACACUGACCCUAGCGGCACUGACACUAGCGGCACUGACCCUAGCGGCACUGACCCUAGCGGCACUGACCCUAGCGGCACUGACCCUAGCGGCACUGACCCCGGCGACACUGACCCUAGCGGCACUGACACUAGCGGCACUGACCCUAGCGGCACUGAGCCUAGCGGCACUGACCCCGGCGACACUGACCCCGGCGGCACUGACCCUAGCGGCACUGACACUAGCGGCACUGACCCUAGCGGCACUGACCCUAGCGGCACUGACCCCGGCGACACUGACCCCGGCGGCACUGACCCUAGCGGCACUGACACUAGCGGCACUGACCCUAGCGGCACUGACCCUAGCGACACUGACCCUAGCGACACUGACCCCGGCGACACUGACCCCGGCGGCACUGACCCUAGCGGCACUGACACUAGCGGCACUGACCCUAGCGGCACUGACCCUAGCGGCACUGACCCUAGCGACACUGACCCCGGCGGCACUGACCCUAGCGGCACUGACACUAGCGGCACUGACCCUAGCGACACUGACCCCG